GGACUUUGGAGCUAAGCCACCCACACGAACGCGAUAAGGUUUUCACCACCACCAACCACUUAGUGGGCCCUUAAUGGGCUUUUCUUACAUAAACCCGUUGUAUGUAAGAAACCAGAAAGUGGCCGGUCAUCAUCAUCGGUAAUAAUGAGCAUACUCACACUGCUCGUUAAAAUCGCCGGACUUCUCGGCACGAUCACCGUCGGCGCCAACGCAGUCUCUUACUCUCGUUUCCGUCGCCGGAACCUCCGGAAGUUUCGCUCUCCAAUCGACGAAUCCAAAGAAGUUCUCGCCGAUUUCACUUCCCAAGAACACAACGAGGGAAAGUUCUUCUUCGGAUUGGCUACUGCACCUGCUCACGCGGAGGACGAUCUCGACGAUGCAUGGAUCCGGUUUGCGAAAGAAACGCCGUGCUCGGCGGAAGAUGAAGAGGAUAAGAAAGCAAUGAGGAAGAAGAAGAAGAAGAAGGUUAAGCUUGCUAUUGGAGCUAUAACGAAAGGGUUGGCCAAGAACACUAAUGGAAAAGAAGAUAACACUGUUGCCGACAGUACACCCACUAAGAAUGUAGCUGCGUGGCACAACACACCUCACGCGGAGGUCAGGCUUAAGUUUUGGUCGGAUCCUGACCAAGAAGUGAAGCUAGCUAAAGAUACUGGCGUUACAGUCUUCAGGAUGGGAGUUGAUUGGUGUAGGAUAAUGCCUAAAGAGCCUACCAAUGGGAUUAAGGAAGCAGUUGACUAUGAGGCCCUUGAACACUAUAAAUGGAUACUCAAUAGAGUUCGUUCAAAUGGGAUGAAGGUGAUGCUAACGCUCUUUCACCAUUCAUUGCCACCAUGGGCUGCUGAUUAUGGGGGAUGGAAAAUGGAGAAGACCGUCGACUACUUUAUGGACUUCACCAGGCUUGUUGUGGAUUCCAUGUUCGAUUUGGUAGACUCUUGGAUUACAUUUAACGAACCGCAUAUCUUCGCCAUGCUUACUUACAUGGCCGGAACUUGGCCUGGUAACACCCCUGAUUUUCUGGAGAUGGCUACAUCUACUCUACCAAUGGGUGUAUUCCACAGAGUCAUGCAUUGGAUGGCUGUUGCUCACUCAAAGGCCUAUGACUACAUCCACGGGAAAAACUCCUUGGAAAAGCCUUUGGUAGGGGUUGCGCACCACGUCUCCUUUAUGCGACCAUAUGGCCUCUUUGACGUUGGGUCCGUUACUUUUAGUAACUCACUCACUAUGUUUUCAUAUAUUGAUAGCAUUUGUGAGAAACUUGAUUUCAUAGGCAUCAACUACUACGGACAGGUAAGAGACAGCUUAAGAGUUAAACAAAAAUAUACUUUCAGGUCCAGUAACAUUGCUUUCUCUCCUGGUAAUAAUCAGGAAGCGGUGUGUGGUGUUGGACUAAAGCUUGUGGAGACCGAUGAAUACAGUGAAUCUGGAAGAGGAGUAUAUCCUGAUGGCCUCUACCGCGUGUUGUUGAUGUUCCACCAGAGAUACAAACACCUGAAAGUUCCUUUCAUCGUCACAGAGAACGGUGUUUCUGAUGAAACGGAUGUGAUUCGUCGGCCUUACAUGAUUGAACAUCUCCUUGCCCUUUAUGCUGCUAUGCUAAAGGGUGUUCCGGUGCUCGGUUACAUAUUCUGGACUAUUUCAGACAACUGGGAAUGGGCUGAUGGAUAUGGUCCAAAAUUUGGACUUGUUGCAGUUGACCGAGCUAAUAAUCUUGCUCGAACCGUUCGGCCAUCGUACCAUCUCUUUACCAAGAUAGUGAAAAGCGGAAAGAUCACUCGUAAUGAUCGGUCUCUUGCAUGGAACGAACUCCAAAAAGCUGCGAAAGCAGGAAAUGUACGGCCAUUCUACCGUGGCGUUGAUAAUCAUGGUCUAAUGUACGCAGAUGGUCUAGACAAGCCUCAAGGGAGACAGUUUGUUGACCGUGACUGGCGGUUUGGUCAUUACCAAGUGGAUGGUCUUCAAGACCCGCUGAGUCGCGUUGCUCGGGCCCUUCUCAUAUGGCCGGUCAUCAUGAAAAAGAAAAUUAGAAAAGUUAAGGUCAAGCACACCGAUGAGUCGGGGCUUGCUUUACAUCCCGCGUAUGCCUCUGCCUUUGACUAGAAGAAGAGGGUAGAAACCUGAGGAAACAAUUUUACUUCCUUCUGUAUGAUUUGCCAAAACCUUUUGGCGCAAAUUCGAGACGAUUCACCCGUUUUGUUUGUUAUAUUUAAAUAAAGGCAAAACGGGACGAUGUUGUAGCGUAAGAUCUGUAGAUGUUGUGUUGUUUUCGCCUA